UGUACUUCCUGGUUAUUGGCAGUACUUUCCUCACGCUGUGACAGCAUAAGGAAAGUACUCCCGACAAGUAUGUUUUACAUCGUGAUCAGCUGUGAUCGGACACGGCUGAUCACGUGAUAGCUGAAUGACGGCUACACUGCGGCCGGCCAGUUCUGGCACGCUGUGAUCAUCAGUGCCCUGAUGAUCGGUGCCCAGCAGUGCCACCCACCAGUUCCGCCCACCUGUGCCCAGCAGUGCACCCACCUGUGCCCAGAAGUGCCACCUACCUGUGUCCAGCAGUGCCACCCACCAGUGCCCAUCAAUGCAGUGCUGCCAGUCAGUGCCACCAAUCAGUGCCCAGCGGUUGUGCCAGUCAGUGCCCAGCGGUUGUGCCAGUCAGUGCCCAGCGGUUGUGCCAGUCAGUGCCUAGCAGUG